AUGGGUUCUCGACUGCAUCUCCGAGAUAUACAAUCCGGACCCCCACUCGAAUAUCAAGAUGAUAUCAGAGCCAACUCUCGAGAGUAUGCCGAGGCGCUCGACCAGCAGGACCCAUUGCGCAACUUUCGGAGUGAAUUCAUUAUCCCAUCAAAAAAGGAUCUGAAGUGCAAAACCUUGAACGAAGGACAGAGCAACGAGAAUGACGCCGAUCCAAAGUGCAUCUACCUAUGUGGCAACUCACUUGGUGUUCAACCGCGCAGCACACGCCAAUAUAUCGAGCGAUACUUGCGCACAUGGGCGACAAAGGGUGUCAUGGGUCACUUUGUUCCCCACGAAGACCAACUGCUACCUCCCUUUGUAGAAGUAGACACUGCCGCAGCCAAGUUGAUGGCACCCAUUGUGGGCGCUUCUGAGAGCGAAGUUGCAGUCAUGGGGACACUGACUGCCAACCUUCACUUUCUCAUGGCGAGUUUCUACCAACCAACCGACGAGAAGUACAAGAUCAUUCUGGAGGGCAAAGCAUUCCCGAGCGACCAUUAUGCAAUCGAGUCACAGAUUGUGCACCACAAACGUGACCCCAAGCAGGCCAUGGUCCUGAUCGAGCCGGAGAAUGCGGAUCGCCCGGUGCUUACCACGGACCAAAUCAUCAAGGUCAUUGACGAAAAUGCUUCCAACACCGCUUUGAUUCUCUUGUCUGCCAUUCAGUUCUACACCGGGCAAUACUUUGAUAUUCAACAGAUCACGGCGCAUGCCCACUCCAAGGGUAUCUUGAUUGGAUGGGACUGCGCUCAUGCUGCUGGUAAUGUUGAUCUACGCCUUCACGAAUGGGAGGUGGAUUUUGCAGCAUGGUGCACCUACAAAUACCUCAAUAGCGGGCCCGGCGGAAUGGCGGCACUGUUUGUUCACGAGCAGCACGGCCGGGUAGACCGCCAGGGAGAAUUUCGACCGCGCCUUGCGGGCUGGUGGGGACAUGAUCUCGAGUCACGCUUUCAAAUGAAGAAUGACUUCGUACCACAAUCCGGCGCUGCUGGGUUCCAGCUCUCCAAUCCAUCAGUCUUGGACAUCAACGCCGUUGUCGCCUCUCUCGAGAUCUUUCAGCGUGCGGGGAUAAAGUCCAUUCGUGAGAAAUCACUUCAGUUGACGGGUUACUUGGAGCAUCUCUUGCUCAACUAUCCACUCGAUGCCUCCCCGGAGGAUAAGCCCUUCAGUAUGAUCACACCCUCGAGUCCUGCCGAGCGGGGCGCCCAGCUCAGCUUGCGGCUUCGGCCUGGCUUGUUGGACAAGGUUUUAUCAUACCUGGAAGAACACGGUGUGGUGAUUGAUGAGAGGAAACCCGAUGUCAUACGAGUGGCUCCGGCUCCCCUGUACAACACGUACACUGAUGUGUGGGAGUUCUGUCAAAUAUUUUUCGCGGCGUGCCGAGAAGCUGUCAAAGCUUCCGCAUAA